AUGAAUACCUUCAAAUCAAAUCUCUUAAAAAUAACCCCAGAAAAACUCUCCCAAAUCAAAAAUUUAACCCUCACUCAUCAAAAGCAAGCGAAAAAAGUUAAAUACAAACCAUAUUCCCCAUUCCAAGGAAAAUAUAGUCCUGUAGAAUGGGUUAUUGUACGUCUUGAUGAUUUAGUAAAUUGGGGUCGAAAAAGUUCUCUUUGGCCAUGUACUUUUGGUUUGGCUUGUUGUGCUGUUGAAAUGAUGCAUAUCGCAGCUCCUCGAUACGAUAUGGAUCGUUUUGGUGUGGUUUUUAGGGCUUCCCCGCGUCAAACGGAAGUGAUAAUCGUCGCUGGAACGGUUACGAAUAAAAUGGCACCUGCUGUACGGAAAGUUUACGAUCAAAUGCCUGACCCAAAAUGGGUAAUUUCAAUGGGAAGUUGUUCUAAUCAUGGGGGAUAUUAUCAUUAUUCUUAUGCGGUUCUUAGAGGAGUUGAUAGGAUAAUUCCGGUUGAUUUUUACGUCCCUGGGUGUCCUCCAACUCCCGAAGCUUUGAUGUACACCAUUUUGUUGCUACAAAAAAAAGUUAAAAGGAUGAGAUUUAUACAAUUGUGGUAUAGAAAAUAA